GUUCGGUUGGUCGACUUUGCUAAGAUAAGAGAGACUGACUCUCUUUUCUCCUUCCCCAUUCUUCUCUCUCUUAACCUUCUCUGCAAAAGAAAACUUCUCACACUUUCUCUCUCUAAAACCCCUUUCUUUCUCUCUAUAGAAAAAAAGUUCGAAGCUUUACUCGAAAAAUACUCUCUUUUCCCCCCACUGCAAUUAGGUUUCUCACGAAAAUGGCGAUCGAGGAUCAAGAGAACACUAUCCGCGAAAUCAAGCCUAAGAACAGGAGAAUAAUGGGAGCUGGUGGACCGGAGGAGGAAGAUAACCGGUGGCCGCCAUGGCUCAAACCUCUGCUUAAAGAGCAAUUCUUUGUUCAUUGCAAGUUUCAUGGAGACUCUCACAAGAGUGAAUGCAAUAUGUAUUGCUUAGACUGCACCAAUGGCCCGCUCUGCUCUCUUUGUCUAGCCCAUCACAAGGAUCAUCGCACCAUUCAGAUAAGGAGAUCUUCUUAUCAUGAUGUUAUAAGGGUGAAUGAGAUACAAAAGUAUCUUGAUAUAACCGGGAUCCAAACUUAUGUGAUUAAUAGUGCUAAAGUCGUCUUCUUGAACGAGAGGCCUCAGCCUAGGCCAGGGAAAGGCGUAACCAAUACCUGCAAGGUUUGCUAUCGUAGCCUCGUCGAUGAUAGCUUCCGCUUCUGCUCUCUUGGCUGCAAGAUUGCUGGAUCGUCAAGAGGCUUUGAAAAGGGAAGGAAGCACCUUGUGAUGGAAUCAGAGGAUUCAAGUAGCAGCAUUGGAAUUGGGAAGAACAUUUCAAAUCUCCAGAGUUUCAGCCCAUCAACACCUCCUCUUACUAUAACUAGUAAUUGCAGAAUCGCCAAGCGAAGAAAGGGAAUCCCUCACCGAUCUCCAAUGGGAUAAAAGAAGAAGAAGCAAAAGUGUUAAAAGCCAAGACAAAAGCUUUUGCCAUUUGCCAGUUUCUUGAUCUAUAAGAUUACACACAAAGGUUUAGCUAAAUACAGACGCUUUUGUCUCUUUAUCUUUUCUCAUAUACCGAAAGAAAUGGUCUCUUGCUUGUGUUAGCUAAAAAAGGCCUUAACUUAGGUUUUGUCCUACUAAUGGAAGUCUGUGAAUAUGUAAUGUGAUUGUAUAUUUAUGUGAUGCAAAAAGGGUAGGAAGGGAAAUAUAGGGCCUUAAAGGGGUAAAAAAUGGGAAUAAAACAAAAUUAGUUUUUGGUUUUCAUUUAUGUACGCAUGGUGUAAAUUUGGUUUGGUUAGGUGCAUACAUGGAUCUCGAACAACAAAUAAAUAAUGAGAUUUCCUACCUUUAUGUU